AUGGCUGAUACAGCCACAUACCCCUAUUCUGUGCAAGAUGCACAAAAUGCAUCGAAUCCGCUAUAUAUACAUCCAAACGAGAGUCCCUCCACCGUCCUUGUUUCACCAUCGCUCAUAGACGAGAAUUAUCACAGUUGGUCUCGUGCGAUGAAGAUGAGCUUGUUGACAAAGAACAAGUUGGGAUUCGUUGACGGCACGAUUGUAGAACCAGCCAAGGAAAAUGCAGUUUUUCCUUUCUGGGAACGAGGCAACAUGCUUGUUCUUAGCUGGCUAAUAAAGUCGAUGAGCGUGGAAAUUGCGCAAUCCAUUCUUUGGCGUGAGAAGGCUUCAGAUGUGUGGAAGGAACUCCACGAACGCUUUUCCCAUGCUGAUCUGUUCAGAAUCUUAGAAAUUCAAGAGAAAAUCUUCAGCCAGAGGCAAGGUGAUAACUCUGUCUCAAAAUUUUACACUGCACUAAAAAUUCUUUGGGAUGAAUUAGAUGUUCUGAAUCCCCUUCCUGUUUGUACAUGCAACCCUAAAUGUUCAUGUGGUGCAAUCAAGAAAAUUGAAGAGGAGCGAAAUAAAAAUCAAGUGGUUAGAUUCUUCCGAGGGCUGAAUGACCAAUAUUCAGGUGUUAGGUCACAAUUGAUGCUCUUAGAUAAUUGUCCCAAUGUGAACCGAGUUUUUGCACUGGUUGCUCAACAAGAACGACAAUUUGCCACUGAGAAUGCUUCUAUGCCAAAGGCUCUUAUUGUGGCCAGUGAUGAUGCGUCACACUCGAAGAGAAAUCAAGGGAAUGGUAAUGGUUGGAAUAACAGAUACACUUCCAAGAAAUGUUCAUGGUGCGAAAAAAUGGGUCACACAAUUGACGUUUGUUACAGGAAACACGGUUUCCCUUCUAGUUUUAAGUUCAAAAAUUCCAAAAACAUUGUUCCAAGAUCUGCAAAUAUGUUGAUGACCGAAGAAAAUGAGACCAACUGUCCAGAAGAUUCAUCAGGAAAAGACACACAAGAAAGUGUGCGGUUUGGUUUUACUACAAACCAAUAUCAGAAUUUAUUAGCUCUGCUGCCACAGCAAGAUCAGAGGGACUCCACACAGCAUACUGCUCAUGUGAAAGCUUUUACUAAUUCAAAUCCAACAAGCAAUGGUAAUGCACUAAUCUCUAGAUGGAUCCUGGACACUGGUGCCACGGACCACAUCUCAAAUUCCCUCAGUUACUUUACUGCAUACAAGAACAUACCACCUAUCAAAGUAUCCCUGCCCAAUGGAAUCUUAGUGUCAGCCACCAUUUCUGGCACAAUUCAUCUUUCAUCCAGUUUUGUUUUGACUGAUGAUUCCAAUGCUUGCAAGAUGAUUGGCACAGCUAAAGCAGAAAGAGGCCUAUACAUUUUCACACAAACAUCAUAUAGGACCAAAUUUGAUCCUAGAGCCACAAGGUGUAUUUUUCUGGGAUAUAAAAGUGGCACAAAAGGUUAUAUUGUCUAUGAUAUCAAGACCAGAGAGCUAUCAGUAUCUCGAAAUGUCGUUUUUCAUGAAAAUAUUUUUCCAUAUCAAUUGAAAUCUCCUACCAACACUACUUCCAAUUCUAGUAUUCCCUUGCCAACCUUUAUUCCUACAGAACCUUUUGAUUACACUCAACCACAAACUGAGUCAGAACCUGAAAUACCACAAAAUCCUCUUCUUGAUAGUGAAAUAGCAGAAACAGUAACCACGCCACAUAAUCCUAUACCAACACCACAAUGUUCAACUAAGAGAAUUAUAAAGCCCCCUUCAUAUUUACAGGAUUAUCACUACAACCUUGUUGCUGCCACUGCUGUGCCACAUCAAUCUUCAAGCAAAGGUAAUCUCUAUCCUCUUUCUCAAGUGCUUUCCUAUGAUUGUUUGACACCUUCAUAUCAGUCUUUUAUUUUGAACAUUACCACCACACCUGAGCCCACCAGAUAUUCCAAGGCCGUCAAACAUGAAUGUUGGAGGAUAGCCAUGGAUCAAGAACUAGAGGCAUUGGCAAGAAAUAAUACUUCGGUCCUGGUUGAUAAACCACCUGACAAAAAUCUCAUUGGUUGCAAAUGGGUCUACAAAGUCAAGCACAAACAGGAUGGGACAGUAGAACGACACAAGGCAAGGUUGGUUGUGAAGGGUUACACUCAAAUAGAAGGUAUUGACUUCAUGGAUACCUUUUCCCCGUAG